UUUACAGAACAGUUCCGGCUGUGGUGUUUUGGCAGUGGGUAAAUCAGUCUUUUAAUGCCAUUGUGAAUUACACCAACCGGAAUGCAGCUAGCCCCAUCUCGGUCAAGCAAAUUGGAGUGGCUUAUUUCACAGCUACCAGCACUGCCUUGGCAACUGCUGUGGGACUCAACCUUUACACUAAGAGAGCACCAUCCCUUGUGGCACGUUGGGUCCCAUUUGCAGCAGUAGCUGCUGCCAACUGUGUGAAUAUCCCCUUGAUGAGGCAACAGGAACUCAUUAAUGGGAUCACAGUGACAGAUGAAAAUGACAAUACUCUGGGAAAGUCCAGGAGAGCUGCAAUCAAGGGGAUAACUCAGGUGGUGGUUUCCCGCAUUGUUAUGGCUGCUCCUGGCAUGAUUUUAUUGCCUAUUAUCAUGGAGGCAUUAGAGAAAUAUCCAUUCAUGAAGAAAAUCCAGGUUCUCCAUGCUCCCUUGCAAACAGUUCUUGUUGGAGGAUUCCUUGUGUUCAUGGUCCCAGUUGCCUGCGCACUUUUCCCACAGAGAAGUUCAAUUGCACUUUCACACCUGGAGCCUGAACUCAGAGAACGAAUUGUAGCUGAACAUGGGGACAAAGUGACUUUUGCCUAUUUUAAUAAGGGUUUAUGAGUGAGAACUGCCUGGACUUGGUGCCUAUGGACUUCUCCUGGACAAAAACCUUUAAAGGGUGUUAUCAGGAACAGAGCUCAGAAUAUUCCAGGAAGAGCAGCACUCCAUCUCCUUUCUUUUUUUCUUUGUGUGUGUUUGUGUGUCUGGGUAUAGAGAGAACUAUCUGGGCAAAUCUGAGCCUUUCUUUCUGUUACAUCUUCAUGGUGACAAAAGUAUGGGUUUUGGAAUAUGUCAUUUUCUGCUUUAUGGCAAUGAUGAGAAUGCAUUACUUGUAGCCAAUUAGUCAGCAAUGGAAUUACCGUAUUUUUCAGAGUAUAAGAUGCACUAAGGUUUUGAAGAGGCAAAUUAAAAAAAAUAUUUUUU